GAGCUUGUAGAAAACGCAAGACACAACAUCAGCAAGUUUUAUCACCCGAGCUUCACCCAGCGCCACGCGACUACGUCGAGGUCCCCCGCGACUUAUAUAAUUCCAAACAAUUAGACCAUACCUGGACGCGAUCGCGAAGCGCGUACUCGAUACAUUCGCCCAUCAUGAGCGGAAAGGCAGGCGCAUAUGGAACAAAAGGCGGCGGCGACACAGACUUCAGGAAAACAUGGGACCGAGACGAGAUGGCGCAAAGGGCGAAGGAUAGGGAGGCAAAGGACCGCGAGGAAGGGAAAGAGCGAUAUGAAGCGAAACUGGCUGGCAAGACAUACAGACGGAGGGCGUCUACGCCCGACGAUCUGAAGCAGACCGAGGCCAGGUCAGAGCGCAUAGAUUGGAGCAAGAUGAUUGGAAAGCAGACCCUCACAUCGGCAGCGGCAGCCGUUGGCAAGAGGGGACGCGGUGCGGGCGCAUACUGUCAAGCCUGUGACCUUACAUUCAAGGAUAACAUUCAGUACGUCGAACAUUUGAAUAGCAAGCAGCAUCUGGUCGCGACGGGCCAGUCGGGCGAAGUACACCGCGCUACAGUCCAGGAAGUACGCGAUCGCCUACGAUAUCUCAAGCGAAAACGAGACGAGGACAAGUUUAUGGAGGUGACGGACCUGGAUGCGAGACUGGCCAUGUCUAAGGAGCAGAUGGAAAAGGAUGCCGAGGAGAAGAGGCGGCUGCGCAAUGAGAAGCGCCGGGCGAAGAAGAAGACAGACGCCAAUGCCAUGGAGUGGAAGGUCGAAGGCGACGGCAUUAUCCGCUGAAUGGUGGGUGACAUUGAGCAGGCCCAUACUGCACAAUAUGGUCUCGGCGGGACAAAAUAACCCUGGGCUAUCGCACGUUGGCCGACGGACGGACGAGCACAUGGCGGUCUUCUUCAGGCCUGCAUCUGGCUGCUAUCUCUGGACGUCGAGUCUUUCGUCGUCCGAGGCUCGGAUUCCGAGCUUACGAGAAGGAGCAUGCACAUUCCCCAUGGGAAGGGCGAACACCGCCACGCAUUUUCUGCUUUCUACAGGCUUCCUGUACAGCUCAUCAUCGAGCUUCAGCGUUGUCAAAUGCUAGAGUUCCUACACAAAGCAUCUGAGCUCACAUGGAAUGGGAAU